CUGCCGCGUCUGCGCAAACUACGACCUUUGCAGCAACUGCCACACCCUCGGCCGCUUAUCCGACUCUCACGAGGUGCAGCACGAAACCCUGGUCCUCUAUCCACCCGCUAGUAUCUCUCGAGACUAUCACGUACCUCCGGCUCCUCCACCUCCGCUCCCUCCCCGCUCCAACGAUAGUGGGGAGACUAGUCCCCACCCCCACCCACGCCCCGCACUGCUACCGACCCGCAUCCCCGCCUCGGCAGGCAAACUCCUAUCAACCAACAACACCCCAACAAAGCGCCUAAAGGACCUCUCCGAUGCGGUCUUCGCAUACGUGAACAGAAACUAUCCCACUGCAAACAAACACUUACUAAACCCCAGCCAAGUCUCGUAUUUCUACGAACUCAUCGAAACCCCGCUCGAGGAGAACUCAUUCGGUCAAUGGAUAAGUGUAGCCGAUGCCUUAGGGUGCAGUCUCGAUAAUAUAGACCCCGAGGUGGCACAUUUCUAUGAUCAACUGGCAAUCGAGUACUCACUGAUUACUCGUGUCAUUGAAGGCACCCCGCAGGUGGUGUUGAAUGGCAUGCCCAUGCUUGGCCACCGUGGCUUUAGGCAGCUCCUGGUCUGCGAGAUACUGGAAGACCCAGGACGUGCGCAUACUUUCUUCGGACGGCUGGUCCGCUUGGGGAUAGUCGAUGACACUGGGCGGACAUUUGACAAAGUGCCCCGGGAAAUGUUCCCGGCGGAACCUGAUCCCGCGUUCACGGUCAGACUCCUGGAGAUCAUGGAGGAAUCGGGGGUGCGCGCCGAGGCGCUUGUUGGCAGGUUGAGGAGUGAGAACGAGGAGGAGGGCCAGAGUAUGGUGGCCCUUGCCGGGCAAGAGAAUAUCGCGCAGAAUGAGGCCGCUCUCGCCCUAGCUCGGGUCGAGCAGGAAAGGGAGAGCCUCGCGAUCAUCCAGUCAGCCAAUGAGCAGAUGGCGCUCAUGCAGCUUAAUGCGCGGCUCCAUGAGCAGUUGUGCCAUACGAUGUCGGGUGCGGGGAGAUCCUUUUUUUGAUGGGUCGGGACCUUCUCAGUUCAUGAAGUAAUAAUAAUCUAUGAGAUUGCUUUCCUUUUUCCCUUGUUUGCGUUUCUGUCUUUCUUUCUUUCUUUCUUUCUUUUUUUUUUUUUUUUUCCAAGAUGAGAUUUGUUUGGUUCCAUAUCUGUACGAACCGUGCCUGCAUAAAUUAUAACGAGCACAGGACUCG